AUCCUUUCUACCGUCUCCCACCGUCCCCUCCGUUCUCUCUCUCUCUGAAAAGGAAAGAAAAAAAAAAUCUAAAAGAUCCAUUUCACCAUCCUCGAAGUUUAAUUAUUAUGAUGGACGAAGAUGGAUUGAGCAAUCGAAAUUGGGGAUAUUACGAGCCGUCUCAGUUCAGGCCGAAUUUAGGGUUUCAACUAAUACCAAGCAUCAUAGACCGAAACGAAAAACCAUUUCUCUGCCCUCAAAAUCCCAACUUGAUAACACCCAAUAAUGGCUAUCGUGGUGGCAGCAGCAGCAGCAAUGUCAUGUCGUUUCCACGCGAUUACACUGUCUCCGAUGCACCUUUCAUGAGCUAUAGCUGGUUAAACCAGCACAGAGACAGCAAGUUCUUCAGCAACUCACCUAAUAAUCCUUCAAAUCACCACACUUUUCUUGUUCCAGACACUUCCAGGACUCAACCGAUGCAGCUUCUUCAGAUUCCUAAACCAGAGUUUAGUGAAGUGGACGAGUCUCUCAAGAGAAGGCAUUUCAGUGGCGGGGAGAGAGCUGGUCCAAAGGCGAAGAAAGAGAGGAAGUUGAAGGAUAGCAAUGUCCCGAGAAUGCAAAGAGAGAGAAGUCCUUUGAGGAAAAGCAUAGAGAUGGUUGUAAAUGGUGUUUCUAUGGAUAUCGGAUGUUUACCAGUUCCGGUUUGCUCGUGUACCGGGAUGGCUCAACCGUGUUACAGGUGGGGUUGUGGUGGUUGGCAGUCUGCUUGCUGUACAACCAAUGUUUCGAUGUAUCCUUUGCCAAUGAGCACCAAAAGGCGUGGAGCUCGUAUCGCUGGAAGGAAAAUGAGCCAAGGUGCUUUUAAGAAAGUUCUUGAGAAACUAUCUGCUGAUGGUUUUGAUUUUUCAAGCCCUAUUGAUUUGAAGUCUCAUUGGGCAAAACAUGGAACCAAUAAGUUUGUCACCAUCAGAUAAAAAUCCAACCUUUGUUUGUUCUUUAGAGUCUGAAUCAAAUUUUGGUUUGACCCAUUUGUGUCUUAAUGGUUCAGUCUCAAGCUAUGUACUUUGAAACUCAGAAUCAAACUCGGUAUGAAACUCAAAAUG